AUGAAAAACAUUAAAGACGAAUUUAAAAAUUUAAUAAAAACAUCCAAAAUGAUCCAACUUGAUGGCUUCCAUAUUAUGAUUGUUUCGAAAUACUUUUAUUCAAUCACAGACUUUAAAGUUCUUACUAAAGUGAAUAGCAAAUUUAAAGAUACUUUAAGUAAGUUUCACUUUAAUCCAAUCCCGCUUACUACUGUAACACUUAAAUAUUUCCCAAACAUUGAGACACUCAAUAUAUGGUCUGUUGAUGAUGAAUGCUUUGGUAAUCAAAUUCUGCUAAAUAAAAGCCUUCAACAGAAAACGAAAAAAGUCAAUUUCUUUAAAAUUAUUGUGUGGUACCAAGUGACUUAUAAUAAACUAUGUCCACCAAACAAAACCAAUCUUAAAACAGCCGAAGUUGUUUACAAAAAUGUUUUCUAUGAAAAAGAAGAAAAUUUCAAAUUGAUUCCUCAGAACCAAAACAUCACAAAAUUGGCGAAGUUCACAAAGUCGUCCGAACUCUCUUCGAUACAAAUUCCAAGAACUGUAACAGCUUUAGAUAAUGAUUGCUUCAAAGGAUGUAUUUCUUUAACAUCAAUUGAUUUGCCCAAUUUAAUAACAUCAUUGGAAAGAUCAACAUUUGAGAACUGCUCAUCUCUUCGUUAUGUGACACUUCCAAACCGACUCAAAUGUAUUAAAAGUGAGUGUUUUUAUGGCUGUAGUGUUUUGAAAGAGUUGGAUAUGUCACCCGAAGUUGAUUCAAUUGGGAUGAACGCCUUUGCAUAUUGCAAGCAAAUUGAAGAAAUGGUUGUCUCUCCGUUAGUCUCUUUACUCAGAAAAAAUACAUUUUACAACUGCAGUUCACUCACAAAAGUCGUUCUACCAAACUCCAUUUGGAAAAUAAGUGAGUCUUGUUUCAUGGGCUGUGAAAGGUUGUUCGAAAUCAAAAUACCAUCUAGUGUCUCUUUUCUUGAUAACUGUGCAUUUUGUGAGUGUAAAGCUAUCACUGGAAUUGUUAUACCAAACGGCGUGAGUUAUAUAUCAAAUAAAUGUUUUGCUAAAUGCUCAAAUCUUGUUAAAGUGGAAAUGUCUUCAAAUAUUGAGUGGAUUGGAGAAGAAGCGUUUGCUGCAUGUAGUAGACUUAGUGAAAUAGAAAUACUUUCAAAGGUGAGAUUGUUGAGAAAUCGAUGCUUUGAAGACUGCUCAAAUUUAACCAAAGUAAUAAUUCACGGGAUAGAACCACAAAACGAAUCACAGUGCUUUAAUGGGUGUAACAUUUUCACAAAAGAAUUCAAAUAA